CGCCUGCUGUUCCAUGAAGGACUAAUCCGUCGGUCCACUUCUCAGCUAUGGCGCAGCUCGCGGUGCGGUCGCUGCUGCUGUCCCUGCUCCUGGUCUCGCCAGUUGUGGCUUCACCUGGUAUUGUGAAGCUCAACUCGUCGUCGACCCUCUUCGGCAUCGAGUUCCCGCCGUUCAACACCGCCGUCGCCGCGACCGGCUGCGACAGCAAGCUGGUUGCAGCCGACGAGGCGGGGGAUGAGCAGAAGCAGCCGGCGAGCUCGUCCCCGUCGCUGCAGCUGCGCAUGAAGCACCGGUCCGCGGAGGGGGGCAGGACACGGAAAGAGUCGUUCUUAGAUAAGGCCGAGAAGGAUGCCGUCCGCAUCGAGACGAUGCACCGGAGGGCGGCGCGCUCCGGCGUGGCCCGGAUGCCGGCGUCUUCGUCUCCGCGGCGGGCGCUGUCGGAGCGGAUGGUUGCGACGGUGGAGUCCGGCGUGGCGGUCGGGUCCGGCGAGUACCUGAUCGACGUCUACGUCGGCACGCCACCGCGGCGUUUCCGGAUGAUCAUGGACACCGGCAGCGACCUCAACUGGCUGCAGUGCGCGCCGUGCCUGGACUGCUUCGAGCAGCGUGGCCCGGUGUUCGACCCCGCCGCGUCCUCCUCCUACCGCAACGUCACCUGCGGCGACCAGCGCUGCGGCCUCGUGGCGCCGCCCGAGGCGCCGAGGGCGUGCCGCCGCCCCGCGGAGGACUCCUGUCCGUACUACUACUGGUACGGGGACCAGUCCAACACUACCGGCGACCUGGCCCUGGAGUCCUUCACGGUCAACCUCACGGCCCCGGGCGCGUCCCGCCGUGUGGACGGCGUAGUGUUCGGGUGCGGGCACCGAAACCGCGGCCUCUUCCACGGCGCGGCGGGGCUGCUGGGGCUCGGCCGGGGCCCGCUGUCGUUCGCGUCCCAGCUCCGCGCCGUGUACGGGCACACCUUCUCGUACUGCCUGGUGGAGCACGGCAGCGACGCCGGCAGCAAGGUGGUGUUCGGGGAGGACUACUUGGUGCUGGCGCAUCCGCAGCUCAAGUACACGGCGUUCGCGCCCACGUCGUCGCCGGCGGACACAUUCUAUUACGUGAAGCUCAAGGGCGUGCUGGUGGGCGGCGACCUGCUGAACAUCAGCUCGGACACGUGGGACGUGGGCAAGGACGGGUCCGGCGGCACGAUCAUCGACUCCGGCACGACGCUGAGCUACUUCGUGGAGCCGGCGUACCAGGUGAUCCGGCAAGCGUUCGUCGAUCUCAUGAGCAGGCUGUACCCUCUGAUCCCGGACUUCCCGGUGCUGAACCCGUGCUACAACGUCUCUGGCGUGGAGCGACCGGAGGUGCCGGAGCUGUCGCUGCUGUUCGCCGACGGUGCCGUGUGGGACUUCCCCGCGGAGAACUACUUCGUCCGGCUGGACCCGGACGGCAUCAUGUGCCUGGCGGUCCGGGGCACCCCGCGCACCGGCAUGUCCAUCAUCGGUAACUUCCAGCAGCAGAACUUCCACGUCGUGUACGACCUGCAGAACAACCGGCUGGGCUUCGCGCCGCGGCGGUGCGCCGAGGUGUAGUGUAUAGCCGCCGGCGAGGCCUCCUGAGACUGAGAGGACGAACAAUUCGAACUCAGUCCUCGCUUGAUUGAUUGGAUUGGGAGGCAAAUUGGGUGUAGAAAUUUUUGGUUGGGAAGGACGGUGGCACGUACGCAAGCUCUAAUACAUAGUUUUUUUUGUUGCAUUUAUCUCCAAGGAGAGAAGGUUAGGGAUAUUUUAUUAAGGACCGUGCAGGUGGGUUGUAACGGGAAAAUACUGAUUUUGUUCCCAUGUACAAUACCCGUUUCUUCACUCAAAUUUUAGAAAUUGUAAGUUGUAGAUUAAGAAUGAGAGUGCACACAAUCUUUUUUAAGUAAUUGCUCAUGAAGAUAUGGUUACAACUACGGAAUAGAUUUCAUCUUUUAG